UAUUUCUUUUUUUUGGUUUCUUUGUUUGAUUAUUUUUUAGAAUUAAUGAAAAAGCUGGAAGAAUCCAAGAGUACUUCUUCUAGUGAUGUGGCCAUAGGAGUCGUAGUAUCCCUACUUGUAAUUGUUGUUAUAAUAGCUCUUUUGGGCUUCAAAUACAAAAGGAGACGCGAUACAAAGAACCACUGCCCGGCUAUCUCUCUUGAUAAAAAAAAUAACGAGUCCGAAGGCAACCAUCAGGAAUCAUCCGCUGAAAACAAAAAAAAAAAAGAACUUUAUGUCAACGUUGAUGUUAGAGGUCAUGCAGAUAUAUCUUUUUAUUACAGGGCUAUGAUGGAAGUACCAAGAAAUACAUAGCUACUCAAGGCCCUACACCGCAGACUGUUGCUGAUUUUUGGAAAAUGAUAUGGGAAGUGAAGUCAUGUACCAUAGUUAUGCUGACUAAUCUUAAAGAGGGAUCAAAGGCAAAAUGCCACCAAUACUGGCCAGAAGAUAAAGAAACUCACCGGGAUAUUACGGUCACAAUUCAAAAGUCAGAGGUUUUCCCUGAUUAUAUCAUACGAUCUCUUUUAUUAACAAAGUCAAACACCAAUGAGAGUCUUGAAGUUAACCAUUUCCAGUUCAUUGCAUGGCCUGAUCAUGGAGUGCCACAAUAUUCUACAGCCGUUUUAGGCUUACGUCGACAAGUAAAUGCUGUGAAUCCAGAUCACGCUGGUCCUUUGGUGGUUCACUGCAGUGCUGGUGUUGGUCGGACCGGUGCGUACAUCGUGAUCGACGCCAUGUUGGAGCGUGCCAAACAUCUCAAAAACGUCGCAAUAUCAGACUACGUUGCAUCCAUCAGAAACGACAGACCAUAUAUGGUACAGACCGAGGAACAGUAUAUGUUUAUACAUCUUGCUCUACAUGAAGUCUUCACCUGUGGUAAUACAGAAUUCCCAGUUUAUAAUCUACAGACCACAAUGAGAACACUAUCAAAUACUGACCCCAAGAGAAACGAGACAGGAUACGCCCUGGAGUUUGAGAAACUGAACCGAGCUACAUACGAUUACGCAAAAGAAGAGCGUGACGUUGGCAGGUCACCAAUAAAUAUAAAAAAGAACCGAGACAAAGACAAUAUCGCCUUAAAUUGUAGCAGAGUUUUGCUCAAUAAACCCGGAGAGGAUGUGACAACAAGCUACAUAAAUGCUUCACAUGUUGACGCCUACAAGGAGCGUAACGCAUUCAUUGUCACGCAAGCUCCGCUAAAAAAGACCAUUGAGGAUUUCUGGAUCAUGGUUGCCAGCUAUGACGUCAGUAYGAUCGUUAUGCUUAACAAUGUGCAAGAGGAAAACAAGCAUUUCAUCCAAUAUUGGCCUGAGAGUGGUUCUUCAUCCUAUGGUCACGUGACUGUUGAACUGUUAGACACAACAACAAUCGGUGAACUUAUUUCUCGACACCUUAAAGUUACUUACGGCGCGAGCACAUUUCAAGUUCUACAUAUACAAAUGCCAAACUGGAAGGACAAACGUGUCCCUUCGAAUUCACAAAGUGUGUUGGCAUUGAUAAACGAAGUAGAACAAUCACAAAGACAUGCGCAGUCCGGUCAUUCACCGAUCGUAGUUCAGUGCAGUAAUGGAAUUGGUCGAAGUGGUACAUUUUGCGCCAUAAACUCGAUCAUCGAACGAGUGAAGCAAGAACAGAUGGUCGACGUCUUUCAGGCUGUCAAAGGAAUUCGUACGAAUCGACCUGGAGCAGUUGAAACGUUGGACCAGUACGUCUACUGUUAUACAAUAAUCCAAGAUUACCUUGACUCGUUCAGCGACUAUGCCAACUUUACUAAUUAGAACAGAAAGUACACUAUCUUUUAAAAAAAUGAUAUUUUUGAUAUAUUUUAAAAUGAUAUAUUUUGUGGAAGUAUAUAAAACUAGAAAGUUGUAGCAUUUAAUACUACGAUUAAACGUAUCCCAAUAAGCAUUAA